GGGAGUUCAAAAGACUAAAGAUGAGAAAGCCGGAUCAAUGUGGGAAGAAUAUUAGUAACAGUAGUAGUAGUAGUAGUCAUGUUAUGAAGCUGAGGAAAGGGCUGUGGUCGCCGGAAGAGGAUGACAAGCUAAUGCAUUACAUGCUAAGUAAUGGACAAGGAUGCUGGAGUGAUGUGGCCAGAAAUGCAGGUCUGCAGAGGUGCGGAAAAAGCUGCCGUCUCAGGUGGAUUAAUUACUUGAGGCCUGAUCUGAAGCGCGGCGCCUUCUCGCCCCAGGAAGAAGAUCUCAUCAUCCAUUUCCAUUCUCUUCUCGGCAACAGAUGGUCCCAGAUUGCAGCACGCCUGCCUGGACGUACUGACAAUGAAAUCAAGAAUUUCUGGAACUCAACAAUAAAGAAGAGGCUCAAGAAUUCAUCUUCUAGCUCUACACCAAACACAAGUGAUUCCUCUAUAGAGCCUAAAGAGAUCAGCACCACCGCGGGAAUCUUCUCCAUUCCACCACAUUGUAGCACCACAACAAUGUCCAAUAUGGACUCAUCAUCGACUCUGUCCCCUUCGUCUUUCUUCUUACAAUCCAUGGGUUUAAGUUACAUUGUUGAUCCGAAAAUGCCCAUGAGUGCUGGUAAUGGCAUAAACCUAUGGGGUACAACUAGAUCAUACUUAAAUGUACCGCAAAGCCUGCAGGGGAUAAGUGGAAAUGGCAAUUUUGGUGGGAAUAUAGGAAUGGACUGUGAGCUACAUGUUCCUCCUUUGGAGAACAUAAACAUAGCAGAAAAUUUAGGGUGUGAUGAGGUUAAUAAAAGUAAUGCAAUUUACAGUAACAGUCUGAAUAACAGUAGCAAAGUCGAAACAAUUGGAGGGAAUGGAAACUAUUGGGAAGGAGAUGAGUUAAGAGUGGGAGAGUGGGACUUUGAAGAAUUGAUGAGGGAUGUUUCUUUCCUUCCUGCCCUUGAUUUUCACCUCAUAGAUUAACUGAUCCAAAUUCUUCCCUCCAAGGGCCAAUGGUCGGUUUAAGCCUAAAGACGGUCUGGUUUUCCCCUCUUCUUAAUCCAAACUACAUAUUUUCAUCGAAUCUCCCUAGCUAUUUGCUUUUCUUCCCUCUUUCCUUAUACAAUCUUCACAAAUUGACAUGACACAUUACCUUAGUCUAGCUUCAGAAGUAGAGAGACAGCUUAACUCGAAAGCUAAAUAUUAUUAAUUUCGAAGAUUCUGAAAUAAGGUCACUCUCAGAGGUAGGUGCAUAUAUGUAAAAGACACUGCUCAUGCAUGCAAAGUACAAAGCUUGUAUAGUUGUAAGUAUCAAUUUCAUUUGAUGUUGUUGAGAAUAAUAAACACUCUGAUUAACAUUUCCAGUUUAUGCUGGUGUGGCUGUAAUCAUCAUUCAUACACUGUAAAGCGACGUGAAUAUUAUUCAAAUUAUAUACAAAGAGUACA